AUGAGAGUAUUCCUCGUGAUCGCUAUACUAUUAACUAUAAGCGACUCGAAGUAUUUAAAACAUUGUAUGUACUUAGAUUAUGCGUGUAAAACCUUAGCAUCAUGUGAAUUUGUUGAAUUUGAUGUUUGUCUAUCAAUUCCUUUACCUGGAGAUCAGUUAGAGUAUACCUAUUCAAAGACGCUUCAAACAAUCAAAGGUGAAAUUGAAACAUUUAAUUUUGAUAGUCUAGACUCCUGUGAAAAGGGUAUCAAUAGUACACAGAAAGUUUCAGUGAAUGAGAUUGGGGUCUGUUUCUCUGAAGAGUCAAUGAAUGUGAUCAACACGAUAUCUGACAAAUUAGAUGAUGAGAAGAAUAACGCCGUCGCUUAUUUGUCGAACGCCACAUUCAGUUUUGGUAAUGGUGAAAAUGAAGAGCACUGUAACAAGCCGUCAACAGUUCAAGUGAUAUAUGGACUUUGUACUGAAGUUGAAAGAAAUGUGUAUUCCAAAGCAAGUAUCAUCGGUGAUAUGCUCACCCUUCAAAUGUUCAAAGACAACAACUGCAAGGAAGUACUCACUACUUACAUUCAAAAUCGGUGUAAUAGUUGCUUAGCAGAGAAGACCAACAAAGACAUCAUCAGACACGCUAAAGUGACUUGCUUGUCUCCUGAAAAACACGACGAACUUUAA